AUGGGGAAGACGGCCUUGCCGUCUCCGUCGGCCGGGUCUUCGGGAAACCCGCACCGCCAAAAGCCCGGGCCCAAGCCAAAAUAUUCUCAGCAGCAGUCUUCGUCCGCGCCGUCCUCUUCGACGUUGCCGGAACCGAAACUUCCACUGCCCCAGUGUAAGGUCAAGCGGAACUACGCGUGCGCCAAGUGUCCUUACUACACCCAAAACCCGCGCAGUUUCCUGCACCACCAGAAAAACGUACACGCCGAACGACUCAAAGUGUACGAGUGUUCGCACUGUCUGUACGCAUCGAAGCACAGUCAGAAGCUGCAGAGGCACGUGCAUAUGGUGCACCAAACGGAUAGCAAAGCUAACAAGAAACAUCAUGGUUUCGAUGAGUUCGGAAAACCGCUUCUGUCGUGGAGGACGUGGACGUUGAGGAGGUGCACCCGGUCAGUGCUGAGGAAGAGGGUGACGAAGAAGCCGAAGCCGAGAUGGAAGCCGAAGCCGAAGCUGAAGCUGAAGCCGAAGCCGAAGCUGAAGCCGAAGCCGAAGCCCGAAGCUGAAGCCGAAGCUGAAGCCGAAGCCGAAGCCGAGGCCGAGGAAGAGGAAGAUGAGCUGGACGAUGAAGAGGCCGGCGAAGAAGAAGAACACGAGGACGAAGACGAAGAAGAUGAGCAAGGCGACGACGACGGUUCAGUGGAUGCUAACGACCAUGUGCCCGUGGUCUCGAUACCACAGACAGCAUCCCCCACACCACCAUCCCCGGUGACACUACCGCCGCCCCCGCAACUGCAGCAGAAGAAGUACAAAGUGGACAAGCCGUCCGUGACAUUCAUCCGGUGUUCCGUGUGCCCGUUCGGCAGCCACAGCCGGACGCUGGUAAACAGGCACGAGAAGUCGGCGCACUUGAAGAAGAAAUUCUUCCGGUGCAUGAAGUGCAACUACGUGACACACAUGCGGGCUCGGUACACUAAGCACGUCAAGUACCACACGAUGCCGAUGAUCAAAUGCGACGACUGCGACUUCCGGACGCCGUACAAGUGGAACCUGGACCGGCACAACCGCAACCACAGCAUCAUAGCGCCGGGCACGUAUAAGUGCUCGCACUGUUCGUUCUCUGCUGACAUCAAGCAGAGUCUCACGGUACACGAGACAAACCACCACGUGCCACCAGUGGGCGGCGUGUUCCCCGCAAACGGCUCCAACCGCCGCCGGUACCGAGUGGGCGCGUCCGACGCUCCGGGCUCAGCGGUUGACGGCACAGAGAUCGCGACGUACGAGACGACAAAAGAAGGCGGUGUCGUCGAGUUCAUGACCGAGACAAAGAGCACCGUGCCGUCAGUAUCCUCCAGCAGCGGUGGUGGCUCGACGUCCAAGGCCGUGGCGUCAAAGAUUGGCGGCACCUGCACCGUUGUGAAAAAAACUACCACGACGACGACUACCACUUCGUUAUCACCAAUGCCAAUAAAGGUGAUUUCAGUUACCAGCCCACCGGAGGGCAACACCAAGGCUGCGGAGCAAAAGCAGCCAGCACGGCGUCGGCCUAUGCCCAAGCUCAUACCGAUCGUUGAACAGCAACAGUCACGGCGCGUGCCCACGACCGUCCGCAUGCGACUGCCCGUGACAACACCACCGCCACCAUCGGAAAACUCUACUGUCAUAACCACGGACGACUACUACAGCUUGGCGGCGGGCCAGAGUGCUCUCAGCGAUUUCGCGUCCAUCAUCGAUGACACGGACUGUGCGCCGGGUCCGUUCAACUGUGGUCUCGCCUUCGCUAACGCCACGGCCAGUGGUGUCGCAACAGCAGACCGGCGGAGGAGUAGCAGCAGCACCGGAAGCAGCAGCACCAUCACGUCGCCGAAGAGCAAGACCGCUUCGUUUUUCGACAAGCUCAAAGCCAAAGUGGACGAGACGGCGGACCUGACUUGCUCGGUGUGCAGUUAUGAGUCCAAGUGUCUGUCGGAGUUCAUGCGACAUCAGCGAACUCACGGCGAAGAUGAAGACGGAGACGCCGCUACUGCGGCCGUUGACGUCAAUGGCUUCAAGACCGAAGAUCAUACCGCGACGGCUCAAGAGCGGACGACAUCAACGCCGCCGCCGCCUCCACCGCCGCCGGUGACGGCCGCUGAACUCAAGUCGACCAGGUGCCAGAGGUGCCGGAAGCGUUGCAAGACCAGUACCGAGUUGAUUGUGCACUUGGCCACUUGCCGAGGGACGACUGCCACCACCACCACUGCGGCUGCAGCGAUUGAUAACCCAAGCCAACCUGCCGCCGUGAAAGAAACCGUUACCGACGAUGGCCGAGAUAUGCAACAGCACCCGAUGGAGAAUAAGAUUUUUGUAUGGAACACCUCCGCGGUGGCAACACCGCCCGGCGAAGAUCAUGCCGCUGAAGACGACGAUGACGACAAUGACCGUGAAGAACAAGAUUCUGUUACCGUGACGGAAAUCGUGAUGCCGCCCGAUGUCGAACAGCCGUCGGUCGAAGAUGAGUCGGAGGACGACAUCAACGAUACACCUGACAAUACUAACUCCUGCUCCGCUGAGAUGUUAAAAAAUCAGGAACAACUGAAGCACGCAAUCAGAAAAGAAGGAAUGAUGUACAAAACAGUAUUCAAGUGUCCACACUGCACGUUUUGGGCGGCCACCGCUUCUCGGUUCCACGUGCACAUCGUCGGCCACCUGAAUCGCAAGCCAUUCGAGUGUUCGUGCUGCGCGUACCGGUCCAACUGGCGUUGGGAUAUCACCAAGCAUAUCCGGCUCAAGUCGGCAAAGAGGAGUGGCGGUGAAGAGACAACUGCGUCAUACAACUCGCAUCAAGGAGCCAAGGUGCUGAUGACGGACGAGACGGGUCGCAGAAACUACAGCAAGUACAACCGGUACCUGACCGUAAUGGAAAUGGACUUAACGGGCGGAGCGGACAAGGCGGCCGGUGGCGAGUGCGAAGACGGAAAAGGCGUCCGCAAGUCCGUGGGCGGCGGCAUCACCAGGAAACGGCGGUCGCCAGCCUUUGCCCACAACAACGGGGCUGCGCUCCUGCUCAAGCAGCACCAGACAUCUUCGUCGUCGGGUAAGGCCGUGACAGCGGCUGGACAGUUGAAAAGGUUCAAAGCCGCGGCGAUCCGGAACCAACAGCUGAACCAGCAGCAGAACCAGAAUAACUCCGGGGUGACGACGCUCCUUCCCCCGUCAGCCACCGGAGGUGACGGACGUAGUAAGACCGUUUGGAAGUGCAAAAAAUGUUUCUUCAGAGACUGCGAUCGGCUGACCGUUUUGAACCAUGUCAAGGCGCACUACAGGAGAGGAGAAUUCGGUAGCAACACCGGUGCCACUAGAAUUAAUUCGUCGCAACACGGUGACGCCGCAGCCACCACGGCCAUUGACGCGGCCAACGCAAGCAACAACGAAUUAUAUAUCCAAACAAAAAAAUCUUCUGGAAUGAAAGAAAAGGCAGAACAAAAUUCUCCGACCACCGACCGCAGGAAAACAAAGAUUUCCACAACCGGGACCACAUCCGAUAAGUUGUUGCUGUUGUCCACCAAUUCUAAGUCGUUAAUGCUUUAUGAUGAUGAAAAUUUUUUGUCUUGUCCGCUAUGUGACGUGACAGCUGCUAGUCCGGGCAAACUGAAAGAACACAUGCAGUGCACCCAUAUUCCUGAAGAAACCAAGUAUAGGUGUGAAUACUGUCCAUUUUGGUCGGAAGAAAAAAAAGCUAUGUUGGACCACAUGAUGUUUGCACACGAAAUGGACGAUGGAAGUGUAAAUACCGAUGUUAAUGCUACUGAUGUAAAUUGCGGGACCGAGCAACGAGAUGAAUCGGCUUCAAAUUCAAUUAACGAUGACGACGAGGAGGCAAUGCAGGGAAUCGACGAAAACGGUAGUAGUGAUGACGUGACAGCUAAUACGACAAUGUUCGAUAACGGAAGUGAUGACACGAACACAACGACUAACAUGGAAGUGAUGUUCGAUACCACUGACGAAAACAUCGUCGUGAUUGAGGCGGUAGAGUGCAAACCUGAUUUUGUUGAUAACGAUGGAGGAUCAACCCUUGAAACACCAUCGACACCGAGCAAGAGCUCUGAGAAAAGCAGCUAUAGUAGUAACGCCGCUGAUGAUAAAAUAUCCAACAAUAUGGUUAGUUGCGAAUACGAUGGAGGUGAAGAACGGGACGAAGACGAAGAAAUAAUAGUCAGAGCAGAAGAAGUAAUCAAACCCACAUCAGUUAAAAUAAUCAAAGAAAUUCUCGCACCUACAGUGUCAGCAGUGUCUGAAGGAGAUGCCACAACUGUAUCGCGCACGGAAAUUGAGGUGUUCGAAUGCAACGAGUGUUGGUACUAUUCAACCAGUAGAAAAGACUUACUAGCACAUAAGCAGCUGCACGUCGAACGGGGAGCACUAUAUAACUGUACAGAAUGCGUGUUCAAUGUCACUAAAGCAGCUAUUCUGUAUCAUCAUUAUCGACACGGACACGUGAUCGAAGAACCAGAACUUAGAUAUCCAGAAGAUUCCGUAGUUCGGGCUGGACAAAGAGACAUGAUUGCAAAGAAUGCAGAAGACAAACUGGAAAACAAGACAACCACUGUGACGGAUGUAGAAGAGACCACCACCGGACCACCUAUGGUAUGGCAUUAUAGAAAGGAAAACGUCCCGCCUUUUACGAAAGUAUUCAAGUGUCGGUACUGUCCUCACACUAAUCGUCGGCGGCACAACACGGUUGAGCACGAGCGAAUGCACUCUGACCAUCCGGAUCAUCAGAAUCACAGACAAAUGCAGCAGCGUCUAUCAGGCUGUUCAGUUCCACCAUCCCCACUACACCCAUGCAAACGGUGUACUUAUGUAUGCAACAACGCGGGAGUCUUGGCAUCUCAUGUCAAGGUACACUCAACCAGUUAUAGCUGCUCAACAGUGGGCUUUUAUGAUGUCACCGUUGUGGACACGAUUCAGAUUCGGGCCCUCGAAUACGUGAUGGAGCUAGAACACAGCUUGCUGCUAGACAAGAACACAGCCAUCAACAGCGGAAUAUCUCAUUCCGGUAAUGAAGUGUUGUCCGAUACGUCUAGUGAUAAUGAAAGUCAAGAAGACGUCACAAAGUACAAAGAAGUUGACGAACCUGAGCUUAAAUUUUGCCCAUAUUGCCCGGCUCGGUACUUUUUCAUCACUGACCUUAAGUUCCACAUUCGGUUCCAUAGGUUCCGAGGCUGGAAAAACGCUUGCGACUGCUGUUCAUUUGUAGCUCGGGCCAAAAGCCAUGUAACUGCGCACGAGAUCGUUCAUUGUGACGAGUAUGCACAGCGUACUACUGAACUGAUUGCUUCCGGAUAUCCGGUUAACCCUAAAUAUCCUCAACCCUCUGAGUAUCCUGCAUCGGUGAGUGACGGUUCACCCCCUCAGCUUCAGAGACGACAAUGGUCUCCGCCAGAAUUACCAAAUUAUAAUGAUUCAAAAACACUUUCACCCGAGCCUGACAGCCAACGUCAAAGGCGGACCAAACGUAUGCGGUAUUCCGAGCCCAAUGUCGCCACGGCAGUACAAUCACCGCCCAUCGAGUAUGCUAAUGACACUAGUAAACGACGACGUCGCUCUAUGGUUGUUGGCGUUCCCAUGAAAACUGCCAGUGUAAAGCCACCACCACCAGCACUACUACCUGUGCUUAAAACCACAACUUCAAAGUCAAUCCCGCCACCAUUACUUCCUGCGCCUAAGAUCCCAGUGGCUAAUGCGAUUAACACUACCAGUGUAGCCACCACUGAACUUGACGCUCAAAAGUCCACCAGUGAUGCCCCCAUGAAACCCGUUAAGAAUACUAAAGCAAGUUAUAUACGGCAAUUUAUGUGCACUAUGUGCCCAGGCAAGUUCUUCAAAUCUACAGCCUUGCAGUACCAUAAAACAUUACAUAAUGGUCCGGGGCAUUACCGAUGUAGGCGCUGUGAUUAUGCAGUGAGCACUUAUGGCAACUUGGUCCGGCAUGAAACCGUACACCGAGAUCUUCCCGCCAGGGAAAAAGUUAAGACUAAGACAUCAAAAAAAUUGAGAGCUCUGUCAAAGUUGAAGGCCAAAGGAAAGAAAAUUCCCUUGCCCGUAAUUUUAUCAGCAAUGCCAGCAACGUCGAAUUCGCAGCCGGAAAACGCGACCGACGACAACGACGGACUAGAGGAGUUUCAGAUCGAUCCCGAGUUUGGGUCCGCCAUGUUGGGCAACCCGAAUUUCUUUUAUGCGACAACAGUAACAAACGGUGUCAUUCGAACUAAACGGUACAAGUGCCCAAAGUGCCCGUCAGCGUUCGACAAGCGCGACCAGUUCGCCGUACACCUGACCCUGCAUGGAGCCCAGGACAAAUACCAGUGUGAUAAGUGUGACUAUGCGGUACGAUACACGGCUAAUUACGUGCAACACCAACGGAAGCAUGCGCAGGACGCAGAGAUCCGGAAGAACAAUGAGCAAGCGGCCGACAGGGCGAAGAUGAUCAAAGAACAGGAGGAGGCGUCGAAUGCGCAACGGGUUCGCCGGCGACCGACCGCGGAAGACCGGAAGCCACAGCGUCAGACUAAACCGAUGCUACCGCCACCUUUGAAACUACAGCCGCAGGACACGGCUUUCACUAAUGAGAUAUCAGACCAGCAGACUGCGUACGAGCUGAACGCCGCCUACGGAGCCACCGGAAAUUUAGUUGGCGAGACGACUACAUCCCUAUUCCGUUGUGCACAAUGCCCGUUCGAGUGUGACAUUCGGUCACAGCUGGAUCGGCACACCACGCAUCAUCACGUGGCGAUGAACUCGUCAGGAGCUGCGUCCAAGCGGUCGUGGAAACGGUCGUGUAGGUUCUGCACGUACCGCACGCACGGCGAAGUCGACCUAGCCGAGCACACCCGUGUCCAUUUCUUGCGAUCGACCGGCGAACCGGUACCCAACAACGGGGAUUACUCGUCUUUAGAUACUUACACGCCCCCCACGGACAUUGGUGAGAUCAAACACAUCGAGUUUCACGGUAAGCGGGUCGUGUACAGCCAGCGGCGGCGGAACAACAACACCGACGACCAAGAGGACGUGCCAAACGACCUGGACGAAGGAGACAUUGAACCAUUUUUUGUGUUCAAAGACUGUGGCGAAUUCCGUUACCCUACUAAUGACCCCGCGAUCGGCAACGGCAUGACGACUGCUGCCAUGAUCAGGUCCCACAAGAGGUUCAGUCCCGACCGUCCACCACCACAUAUGACGAUCGAUUACAACGACAACCGCACCGGAGACGGCCCCAAAGCCCCACCGGCUGCGUUUGUGCGGUUCUUUGACAGCGGCACCCGGCUUGAGUUCCUGGAUGAUGAUCCUGCAGAGCCUGCAGUCGGCGCAGCCAAAAAGAGAAGGAGUAGUAAGAAGUAGUUUGCGCAUGGUCGUCUUAAACAAUUUUCCCUCUCUGUUCCGUGUCCAUCAGCGUUCGUUUUCCGUUGGCUAAUAGGAAAUAUUUUCGUUUUACACGGCACACACUCCUAUAAUAUAAUAAUCGUACGUCGUCCGUCGUGAUUGACAUAUUUUACGUUCUAAAUUAAUAUUGUGUAGUUUAUAAUUUUUAGUUUCACGUGUUAUUUUUAUUUGUUUAUUCUUAAGACCACUUUUUUUUUUAAACUAGUUUUGUCCCAAUUGUUAACAGAUUAUAACUUUUUAUUUUUAGUAUAAAAUAUUAUUUUUUUAUUUAUAAUUUAUAUUUUGGUGUACCUUUGCCUUUUACCCAUCCUUUCGUUUGGCUUCUAUGUACACACCCUUUGGAUUUCAUUAUUGCAUACGCUCUGUCCCCUCCCCGGCCCCACCAAUUUAAUAUAAUUAUAUUCUAAUUGUACAUAAUAAUAUAUUAUUGAAUUCAAGUACGAUUGUAACUAUUUAUUUUUCAUUUUAAUUAUAAUUAACUAGUAUAAUUUUUCCGUAGUAAUGUAUCGUUGUUAUAUAAUAUUUAUUGUAGACACUUGUAUCGCGUUUGGACCAAUAUGAUAUUUAUUUUUUUUUAUUUAUGUUGCCACCCUCUCCAGUUCAUUAAGAUAGCAGAAGACUUUAAAGUAUCCAAGUAGUUUUAUUAUUAUUACUAUUAUGAUAUUAUAUUUUUGCGUUUACACACUACCCAACCUAGCGACUUAUUAUUAUAUAUUUUAUAAUAUUAAACUUAAAUUUUUGAGUA